GCCAUGAUACAUGUGAUUCACGUUUGAACCACUAGAUGGUGCUUGGAUAUACUGUGCCGGUGUGAACCACAUUAGCUGAAGACAGGAAGUACCCGUAUGUUUGUUGUUAUAGGCUAGUUAAAUAAAGGAAGUUCGAGAACAACCCUGUUGUUGUUCUUAAUGUUUCACGGCAAAAUUACAGAUCCUAAUCAUCAAGUGACAAAUAAUGUUUCAUAAUCACUGUAAGUUGUGUAUUGAUGAAUAGAACCAGUCAUUUUGAGUAGCAGCUUGUAUGAUUAUCAUUAGUAAGUCAUUACUAUUAGUGUAACAGUUUAAUUUGGUGUAAAUUGAUUGGUUAUGCCUGGAGAGUGGGUGCACGGAUGACGUCAAAGAAAUGCGACUGCAGUAGAGAGGUUGGCAGGUUUUUUUUUGGCAGUGUUGUUGUGUUCAAUAAACGGAACCUAGAAGUUCCUGAGAUUUUGUCCAAAAAGAGCGACUAUAAUCGCCCUACACUUCGCCCGCUACAUUAGUAACUGAUUUAAGUCUUAAUAUUGGUGUCACUUGCUGUAAGCCACGACUCGGAGCGUGUCGCCAUGACAGCAGAGGAGACCAUCAACAUCAAGGAGGCAGAGGUGGUCAAGCUGGUCCUCGACUUCCUCAGCUCCCGGAAGCUGCACAUCAGCAUGCUGGCCUUGGAAAAGGAGAGCGGCGUCAUCAACGGCCUCUACUCUGAUGACAUGCUUUUCCUCAGGCAACUCAUUCUGGACGGCCAGUGGGAGGAGGUGAUGCAGUUUAUUCAGCCUUUAGAAGGACUGGACAAGUUUGACAAGAAAAGAUUUCACUACAUCAUUCUGAAGCAGACAUUUCUUGAGGCGCUGUGUGUAAACAACGCCAUGUCUGCAGCAGAAGAUCCUCAAAAUUUGGAGCUUACCAUGCAGGAGGCCGUCAAGUGCCUCCACAACCUGGAGGAGUUGUGCCCAUCUAAGGAGGACUACAGCAAGCUUUGUCUCCUCCUCACCCUGCCUCGUCUUACCCACCAUGCCGAGUUCAAGGACUGGAACCCGAGUACAGCACGUGUCCAUUGCUUCGAGGAGGCCUGCCAGAUGGCAGCUGAGUUCAUUCCAGCCGACAGGAAGCUGAGCGAGGCUGGCUUCCGGGCGAGUGGGAACCGCCUCUUCCAGCUGCUUGUUAAAGGGAUCCUUUAUGAGUGCUGUGUUGAGUUCUGUCAGAGCAAAGCAACCGGAGAGGAGAUUACAGAAGGCGAGGUGUUGCUCGGCGUAGACUUGCUCUGUGGGAAUGGUUGCGAUGAACUGGAUCUGUCGCUACUGUCCUGGCUGCAGAACCUUUCCCCUGGGGCAUUUUCAUGCGCCUUUCAACAAAAGACCCUAAGCAUCCACGUGGACCGCCUAGUGAAGCCCAACAAGGCGGGCCAUGCCAACCUCCUCACUCCGUUGAUCAACCGUCUCUCCCCCUGUCCAGUCUCUCCUUUCCGCCAGCGGCCUCACUCAGCCGACACAUACAUGUCCAGAUCCCUGAACCCGGCUCUGGACGGGCUGUCCCAUGGCCUGGCUGCCCAGGACAAGAGAGGCAUGGAGGCCAACAUGAAAUCUGCUCUCAGUCGAAGCCUGGUGGAGAACAAUGUUCGCCAGCUGGAUGAUUCACCGGAGAGAAAGAACCCACGGGGACUGGAAGGCUCCAAGACCAUACGCGCCCCGCUGACUCCUGGGAGAGAUGGUGGAACAGCUUGCUGCACAGAGACAGCUGAGAGGCGUGAAUCCACAGAGCAUAUGCAGGAGUAUUACAGGCAGCGUCUGCGUGUACAGCAGCAUCUGGAGCAGAAGCAAGAGCAGAGGCAUCUUUACCAGCAGAUGCUGCUUGAGGGGGGAGUGAAACCACACGAUGAAGCCCAAAACAACCUCACUGCGACUUUCCUCACUCGAUCCAUCCAGAAACUGGAGGAUAUGAAUGUUGGCAUCCAGCACCAUGGCGAUGAGAUGGCACAGUUGGGCCAGCAGUGGAAUGGACUGUCGGAUGACACAAACACAUCCGACACUACAGACAGAGAGGUGAUGCACAGGGCAAAGGCAGGUGGUCUAAACAGCAGUACCACAUUCGGGAAUGGUAGUCUGCAACACCCCAGUGAGCCCCCAGUUCUUAGAAGCGCUGAGCAGACAUCAAUGCAAGAUGAUCCCAGCAGCCAUGUGACACGUUGCACAGCACAGCAGCUAAGAAAGUCCAAAACCCGGUUUGUCAAAGUGAACCAGCUUGAAGACACGCAGGCAGUACGAUCAGUAGCCUUCCAUCCCUCUGGAUCACUUUAUGCUGUUGGUUCCAACUCUAAAACUCUGCGAGUUUGUGCCUAUCCUGACACGCAGCUGACCAGCACUCCGGAUGUAGUCAAGCAGCCGGUGGUACGCUUCAGGAGGAACAAACACCACAAAGGUUCCAUCUACUGUGUCGCCUGGAGCCACUGUGGACAGCUGUUGGCCACCGGCUCUAAUGACAAAUAUGUCAAAGUUCUGCCUUUCAACGCUGACAGCUGUAAUGCGACAGGUCCCGAUCUAGAGUUCAGCAUGCAUGACGGUACCAUCAGGGACCUGGCCUUCAUGGAGGGUCCCGAGACCGGGGGGUCCAUCUUGAUAAGUGCUGGAGCUGGAGACUGUAACAUCUACACCACUGACUGUCAGAGAGGACAAGGCCUUCACGCCCUGAGUGGGCAUACUGGUCACAUUCUGACUCUGUACACAUGGGGAGGGUGGAUGAUCUCGUCUGGAUCCCAGGACAAGACAGUCCGUUUCUGGGACCUCCGGGUGCCCAGCUGCGUGCGUGUGGUGGGUACGACCCUGCAUGGCUCAGGAAGCGCAGUGGCUACAGUGGCAGUAGAUCCCAGCGGCCGCCUCCUCGCCACCGGCCAGGAGGACAGCACCUGCAUGCUCUAUGACAUCAGAGGAGGCCGCAUCGUCCAGACGUACCGCCCCCACGGCAGUGACAUUCGCUCAGUCCGCUUCUCACCCAGAGCCCAUCAUCUCCUCACUGGUUCCUAUGACAACAAAAUCAUCAUCAGUGACCUGCAAGGUGACCUGACAAAACCGCUGCCUCAGACAUUAGCAGGGGAACACUGUGACAAGGUGAUCCAGUGUCGGUGGCAUCCAAAAGAUAGAACCUUCCUCUCCUCCUCGGCUGACCGGACUGUCAUCCUAUGGGCUCCAGGCGCCGCAGAGAGUCCGAUUUCUCAUGGCAAAAGCAGGAGUGAGCAAUAAUCGAGCACCAUAUUCAUCCCGGCGUCUAUGCAUUAAGCUGUUCAUGGCUGUCGCUUCAUCCGGCUCCAUGUAAGUGUUCUGUUUGCCAAGAUAAUGUACAUGUCAUUGUACAUCUAAUAUCUCAUUAUAUUUAUGAAUGCGUUCUAAUGUCUAUAAGGUAUGUUAAGAAGCAGUUAUACAGACGGCCCCGUUAUAAUGUGUUUGUGAACAAGGACAAACAUCAUAUCUUUGAAAAAAACAGCCAAAGCUCAAAAUUUAUCUGUGUCGGUCCAAAUGUAUUGGUGGUGGCCCACCACAGAUAAAUGAAUGUAUGUGAAACACUGAAUGUCCUUACAAAAUGCCACAAAGAGAAGGUAUAUAUGAAAAUAUUUUUAUGAUUAAAGAAAAAAAGUGGUGACAAACAGUUUGAAAUGUUGGUAUCAUGAAAGGACCACUUCAAAUUCAUGUGGAAAGUGGAAUGUUCCUGUGUACUGCCCUCAAAUGUCCACUUUACUUUCUUACUUUUGAAACAAUUAUGAUGACAAUGUCUUUAAAUCUCGAUUGCUGUGGGCGCGGUUUGCACUAGGGUGGGGGUUCGUCAGUCUCCGGGGCAAUGGGGCCCGUGCUGCUGGUGGCCUGAAUUCCACGGCGGCAGCUUGGGGUUGCUGCACUGUGGUGGCUUCUGCGGGGGCUGGGCUGUGUGUUUUUGGUGGGCCGUGAUCUAGCUCGCAGGGACUGGUGGCUGGUGGGGUCCGUCGGGUGGUCUACCGCUGGUCUUGCCUUCUUGGCUCUGGUGCUUGGCCUCUCCAAGACGUGGGGCUGUGGCACUUUCCAAAUGAACUGUUUUAUUAUUUUUUCUGACCUCUUGACAACGGGUGAAUAAGCUGGAGGAAGCAAAGUGCUGUUGUGGUCUGCAGAAGCAAGGAGAGGAAGGGCCUUGUAAGCAUUGGGAAUAGAACCCUAGCAUUUGUCCAAUGUUUUGCCAAGCCAUGUGGGCAGUCAGUGUGUUGUUCAAAUCCCUUAAGGGAUUCACCAAUUGACAAUUUCAAGAAUUUUGACAGUCCUUUUGUACAUUCUCAGUGACAAUUACACAUUCACACAUAUGCACACAUUUAUGUACAUAUACAUGAACACACUAGAGCCCGACAGAUAUAUCGGGGGAACGAUUAAUCGGCCCGAUUAUCACAUAUCACAGAUUAAUCAAUAUCAGUGAAAAUGGAGCCGAUAUAUUAACUUAUUUUGGCUACAUCGAGAUUCUGUUGCUCCCUUUCUAGCUCUCUGAGCUACUUUUGUGGGUGCCUUGAAAUUGUAACAUAAAAUAUAGUUUAGUCCCGUGUAUUAAGUCCAGUAACAUGACGCAUGUUUAGAUAAUUUCUUCUUUAGUUUGGAGUCAACCUUUUUCCCCCUUUUUUUAAUGUUUGCUGCAGCAUUUGUUUUUGUUUCAGUGGCUGCAGAUGGAACUUUUCAGUAGUGAAUAUGACUCACUGAUAUUAGUAGUCUUCCUGAAUAAGUCUUUUAUAACCUCAUAUUAGCUUCUGAAUGAUCACUUUCAACCCAAAGCAGCCGCUUGUUUUUAUUUUAAAUGGCCAACUGUAGCAUCAAAACCCAUGCUACAAAAUCCAAUGCCAAAUACCAUUAUUCAAAUGUAAAUUAAAUUAAAUAUAUAUAUUUUUAUUUGACAGGCAGAGGGGAAGAGUAAGGUGUGGAGACACUUCACAAAACACUCAACUGGUGUUUGAUGCCAUCGAACUGCACAGGCGGCAGUGGCACGGGCCAACGCAUCAAAACCACAGUAUUAUUAUUUCAUAUUUUGAGUAAUAUAUGAAUUUAUGUUCAUGUACAGUAUUAUAUCCUGUGUAUAUUAAUGGUCUUGUUUCAUAUAUCGGCCCAUCAGCCGAUAUAUCGGAUAUCGUUUUUUCUCAGUCCCAAAUAUCGGUAUCGGCACCGGACCCAGAAAUCCCAUAUCGGUCGGGCUGUAGUACAUACACGCAUACAGAAAUACACGCAUCCAUAUACUCACUCACAGUACAUAAGUACUUCUCUGCACAACACACCAACACCCACAAUGCCGUUAUGCUAUUGGUAUGCUAUUAUCACAGACUGUUUCAUUUCAAUAAUAUCACUGUGGCUGUUUGAUACUUGACAUUUGCUGAUGUAGUCCUGUUUGUUUCUGUUGUUCUGUUAUUGUCAUUCCAAUUGUUGUUGCACAACCCCCUCUGUUUUCUUUUUCUUCUUUUCUAUCCCCUCUUGCUCCGGUCCAGCCACUCCAAAUUUGCACACAUCAAAUAAAGCCAAAUAAUAUUCCAUAGAACAGGGAAGGUGUGGUUUACACUACUAACUACUAAGUAACUACUAAAUCAAGAUUGCUGAGGGGUGUUUCAUGGCAUCCUGCUUGUGUUUUGUAAGCAGAACACUGGAAUGGGAAGAAAAGUAUUGUGAUGAUGCAUGGUUGAUUGAAAAAAGGCAAAAAAUGUGGUUUAAAAAUGUAUUUAAUUUGUUACAUAAUGUGCCUUUUUUAAACCAUUUGAAUAGAUUUUAGUAUAAUUGCAGUAUAAGUGAAUGAUGUACUGUAUUUAUUUAUGUAGUUUUAUCUAUUUUACCACUUGCCUUGACACGUCUAUUUCUUAUAGCAUUGUGCACAUUCUAAUAUCAUGUUAGUAUGGAACUCAAUAGUAGGUCACGUGAUCACAUUGCAUAUGUAUGAAACAGAGACUAGCAUGUGGACAUGUCACAUGUUUAAUUGCGCACAGAAACAAUGAAUUAAUUGCACCAUUUUGUAGAUGAAUAGAUAGCAAAGUGAGCACAGUCACAGUCAGCACUAUGAGUGACGGAACAGCACAAAAUGACACUGAAUUCUUUGAAACUCAAUCAAUACUGCAAGACGCAUUCAAGACCCAAGUUAAUAAAAGAAGAGGUGGCUGAGGUUGAGAGAGCUGGCACCUCACCAAUAGAGGUCUUUCAUCACACCACGUUGUUGUGCAGUGUUGGUUCCACAUGUCCUGUCAGCGUGUUGUUACCUUUGUGAGUCACAGUCAUGACCGAACUACCAUUAUAGAUUUCAGUUUGUUGUAAUAAAACAAUGUGACCAGUUAUUGUUUUGGAAUAAAGGAAUGACUGAAUAAAGUUGCAUUUGCCAUCAAAUGUUG